UGACUUUGUUAGACAACGGGGGCUAUUAUUGACCUCUCAAAGAGAGACCUCCGUUCCGUUUGCCGUUUGGUAUGGAGGGACGUUUCAAACCGCGUUCUUCUUCUCCUUCUUUCCGAUCACUCUCUCUUUCACCUUCUUCUUCUUUCUCUCUUUCUUCUGUUUCUUCUUCUGUUUCUUCCUUCAUUCCAUUCCCCAUUUCAUGAUAGAUUACAAUGAUUGAUUGUUCAUCAUGCGUUGGUUACGUAACAUCUCCUUUACACCUUCUUCAAUGGUGAGGAUUCCGGGAACUGGCACUGGUGGCGAUUCUCCGACCAGAAGGGCUACUAGUAGAGGUUCUGACGAUCAUAAUUAUCGGGGCGUUGUUUGGCGUUUUGGUGCUUCUAAGUAUUCCCGCCAUAGGAAGCUUCGGAACUUAAGUGGACGUGAACGCGACGCCACUUCUUUGGCUAAAUGGUCUGAUACUACGGCUGAGCCUGUCUCUUUGUCGCGAUCCCCGAGUACUUCUGAUGAUCAUGCCGUGCCCUUGCCACUCCCGGAGGUUUCUCCCUUAUUUCAGCGACGUGAACUGAACUCCAGUUCGAAUUCUGCUGGUGGAGAUGGGGAUUGCCCUCUUCCAUCGCCUCCUCAUAAGAUUGGGGGUGCGGCCUCCCCUAGCGCUCCGUUUAAAAGUGUAUUUGAUUCCGGGGAAAAGCAGAAGAAAGAAGAUCAGAUUGAGACAAGGUCAUCUGGGAGGGCGAAUCGAGAUGCAAGAGGAUAUCCUGAAAGUUCCCGGAACGGUUUUUGGAUUGAUGUUCCUAGUAGAAGUGCUCCUACUAGUCCUUAUGCAAGUCCUACACUCAGUCCCCAAAGAAAUGGUUCCGGUAACCUUUCAAAUUUCCAUCAUGUGGCUCCAGUAGGAAAUCAAGGCUGGUCUGCACCUGAGUUGCCAAAUUUCCCUUAUGUGGCUCCAGUUGGAAAUCACGUCUGGUCUGCACCGGAGCUGCCAUCCUCAGCAAUGAUGCGAGGGGUUCCUCCUGCAUUCUUCGAUUGCUCCACUCUUAGUUCUGAGAGUUCUCCAAUGCAUAGCCCAAGAGGUAGAAGUCCCCACCGAGAUCCCAGAAGUCCAACAGGAGCUACAUCUCCAUUGCACACCAAGAUUUCCCUUGAAAUACAUGCUGGACGUCGUGAAGGUUCUGGUCAUGUCAGUGUCCACCCUUUACCUCUUCCUCCUGGUCCUGGAGUGCCAAUGCCUUCAGCAUCAAUCCCAACAAUGCCUUCACCAUCAACCUCCAUGCCUCUACCAUCAACCCCUGUGCCUUCACCAUCAAUUCCAAUGCCUUCAGCAUCAUCCUCAAUGGCUCUACCAUCAACCCCAAUGGCUUCACCAUCAACCCCAAUUACACAAGCUAGCACUAAAACUGAGUCAAUCUCAAUGAAAAAUCAAUGGCAGAAAGGAAAGCUUAUUGGCCGGGGCACAUUCGGAAGUGUGUAUGUUGCUAGCAACAGAGAAAAUGGAGCUUUAUGUGCAAUGAAGGAAGUUGAACUAUUUCAUGACGAUCCAAAGUCAGCUGAAUGUAUAAAGCAAUUAGAACAGGAGAUCAAGCUUCUGAGCCAGCUAAAACAUCCAAAUAUUGUCCAGUACUAUGGUUGUGAUAGUGUUGAAGAUCGACUAUAUAUAUACCUGGAGUAUGUUCAUCCUGGUUCAAUUAAUAAAUAUGUUCGUGAACAUUGUGGAGCCAUGACAGAAUCUGUUGUUCGAAAUUUUACUCGACACAUCCUCUCAGGGUUGGCCUACUUGCACAGCACAAAGACUAUACACCGGGACAUUAAAGGUGCUAAUUUGCUUGUAGACUCUUGUGGGGUUGUCAAGCUUGCUGACUUUGGAAUGGCUAAACAUCUUACAGGACAAGUUGCUGAUCUUUCUUUAAAGGGAAGUCCAUACUGGAUGGCUCCUGAGCUCCUUCUGUCUGUGAUGCAGAAAGACAACACCCCUGAUCUUGCCCUAGCAGUUGAUAUUUGGAGCCUUGGUUGCACUAUUAUAGAAAUGUUCACUGGCAAACCACCUUGGAGCGAAUAUGAAGGGGCUGCAGCUAUGUUUAAGGUCAUGAAAGAUACCCCACCAAUGCCUGAAUCAUUAUCAUACGAAGCCAGAGAUUUCUUAAAAUGCUGCUUUCAGAGAAAUCCUGCAGAGAGGCCGACCGCUGCAAUGCUGCUUGAACAUCCGUUCAUGAAAAACUUGCAGCAUCCAGAUACUUUGUCAUGCUCUCCGGCUGUUGCUGGAGCAAGUUUGAUGGAUAAAUGCUAUAGCCCAAGUAAACAAUAUUCAAGUAAAUUUGAUCAGUCACCCUCUUCCAUGCUUCCAAGCUCACAAAGUUCCAAGGGAAAGUUAGCGGCCGAGAGUGUGAUUGGCCCACUAUCUCAUCAUGAAACCUCUGACUUAACAGUAAUGUCUCGAUAUUCCCCCCGUUCUACCCUUGAAGCACUUCCAAUACUGUCUCCUCCGCGUUCGGUUCCCAAUGUACAUCAUCUCGGUUCCCCUACAAAUGCGGUUGGCGUUGUAAAUCAAACCAAUAAGAAGACCAUACACUAAUAUUAUAGGCUAUGGAUGGGAAGGAAAGUGCUUGUGCCAGGCCUGCCUCCGGCUUUGCACGUACCUUCAGUCGACGAGCAUUUGGCAGGGGUGGUAAAGUAUCGGCGAAAAAUCAGCUUCACGACAAAAAGCCAGACUCAGAUGCUGCAUCUAGUAGGUGAGUUUCUGGCACAGAUUGUUACUUACACAUGUAGGUUUUCCGCUUCUAUUUUCUUUUGAAAUGAAAUAGCUUCUGGUUUGGAAGUCUACACCAUACUGGGAGUUGAGAAACAAUUUUGUAUGCUGCUUUUUCCAUUUUAGAGCUUCAGUAAUGGCGAUAUCCACUGAUCAUUCCUUGGUGUUGGCGUGGGAAAAAUCACCACUUCCAUAGUUCCAUGUACUACUUCAAAACUGAAUUUGUAGAUAUUAGAGUGGUAUGAUAAUGGAAUCAUAUGGUCCAACAACGGUUCCAUGGAAAUUUUUCUUAGCUUGAUUCUAAAAACA